AAUCCACCACUAUCGACGAACACAACAGUGUCGAUUGAGUUGGUUGAUCGUGCGAUGCCAAUCUUCACGCAUCGUAUUUAUCGAUGUCACAUCAAUGAAAAUGCACCUAUUGGAUCGACCCUUCAUACUGUCAAAGCAAUUAGUAAUAUGAACAAACAAAUUGGUUAUAUUCUGAAGAGUGGUGAUCCAUCAAAACGUUUUCGUGUCGACUUUAACUCGGGUGCCGUUAGUGUGCAUAGGCCUCUAGAUCGCGAGCAGUGUGCCACAUAUAAUCUUACCGUGAUGGCAAUCGAUGUUACUCGAGAUGGAGUGCACUCAGAGUGUACUGUUGUGGUGACCAUUGAUGAUAUCAAUGACAAUCCGCCUCGUUUUGAGAUGCCUUUCUAUGAGGUACACGUCAGUGAGGCGGCUCAUAUUGGUACUCAGAUUCUGAAGGUGACUGCACAUGACCCAGACUCUACGGUUACUACUGUUUCUUAUGGACUGAAUGGUGCAAAUUCUUCAAGUAAGGAAGUUUCCUUCUUAAUGUUUUAA